UCGAUCAUAUGGUCACGCUAGUUUUGUUUGAGUGGUUAACGCGACAACUAAGACAGCAUGGCGAGUCAGUACAACUGUGAGCCCAAUUAUGGCAAACUCUUGUCUCCGUUCUAUGACGACAAACUAACGGAUAGGAAUAACGUGCGUUAUCGCAGCCACAUGAAGCACGCGAGUGUAAUGUCUAGUCACCGUAAACAGGGCCAGUGCAACAGAACGAUACCAAGGUACCAUUCUACUGAUCAUCAUCGGUACGCGAAUCCCACGGUACCUCGGUGGAGUUUUCAUCAGAAUAAGCAACCGUACUUACACAGCAACAACGACAUCUCGGUUGUUGCUCGUGUUAGAGCUGCUCGAAGGGCGAACUUCGAGAACAGCCUCUUCCCCCACGGAGAUCCAUUGCCGGAGGACUGGAUCGACAGUUGGGACGAGAGACCUGAAUGUCCCAGACCCAAGUGGACCUACGAGGAAAAUCCAUCGUGGCAGCUGCCUAUCAAAUAUCGAGCAGAAGAAUACUCGGGGACGGAAUUAAUACAAGCGAGAAACGACGACGUAUUGACGACCAGCUUCAACAAGCUCCAUGAUUUCUUCACCAAUGUUCGUCCACAAACUUGGCAAAUCGUAUCGACCGACAGUCCCAGAGAGACAGCCGUUGUCACGCCUCCAACUUCGGAUUAUGAAAGUGGUGACAGUCAUUCCGAUAGUUCGAGCGUUAAAUCUGCCUCAAGUUCCAUUCGGUCCCCAAACAAGAUUUUUGACGUUAUGUGGUAGGACAUAUAUGAUGUGAUCUGAGCCUCUUGUAUAAAAUUUGUACAAUUAGCGCGUUGUUUAUAUGCCCGCGAAUAUGCGAGUUAUUUAUAUUUAAUUAAUCUUACGAUUGCUCUUCAGCUGUAAGAUAAUAUCUCGCUUUUGACGCUUUUUGCCGCCUUAUGGUAAUAAGUAAAUGGCUCAUAACCAGUGUUUUUAUAAUAAUUCUUAUAAAACUGUAUUGUAUCAUAUGUUACUGAUAUUUGUAGUUUAGUGCCUCUGAGUUGUGCUAUACUAUUUGAUUUUUUUAGAUUUUUAAUUUAUUUGUAUGCACUUAAUUUACGCGUGUUAUUUAACUUUUAUUUUUUUUUAAGUCACCUAGGUUAGUAAUUGUGUACAUAGAAACGAUUAUUAAAUUAUAUGAAUUGACCAAAACAAAAAUGUAAUAAAUAAUAAACAAUUAUCUUUAUCGUUAUUACGAGAAAUUGAAUUAUUAAGACAUUAUAAUUGAAAAUAAAA